GUGGGAGUCUUUGAAAAUGAACUCUUUAAUAAUUCUCCUGAGAGUCAUGCAAGAUUACAGGCAUAUGAAGAAUUUAAUGAAAUUCUCAUCUUGGCACUUCAAUCUCCUAUGCGAGUAUGUGUAGAUGUAACGUUUUGUAUAGAUGAGAUUAGUGAGGCUAGACGAUUAACUGUAGCCCCUGCAGUUCGAUAUCCUUCUUAUAAUAAUAAUAAUAAUAAUAAUAAUAGUAAUAAUAAUAAUAAUAACUGUAAAAGUAUUGCGGCUUAUUACGGUAUUCCUGAAGUGAUGGAUGCAUUUAAUGUUCGUCUUUUAAGUCGUGUAGACUUUCCACAUACAUGGAUUGUCCCUGCAGGUACAAUUCCAUCAUCUUGUUAUCAUGAUAAUGCCACUGUUAAUGGUGGAAGUAGUAAUAUCUCUCUUAUUGUGGAUUACAGUCAAACACGAUGUGUGGUGCAUGUACGGAGUGAAUUAUUAAAACCCACAGGUGAUGGGGGAUUACCACAGAAAGUACUCGCCAUUUGGCCAGAUGAAAGGCCUAAACCUUAUCAACGGCAACAGAGUCCUUCUUCUACUUCUAAUAAUCAUAAUCAUAAUAAUAAUAAU